GUGGUUUGGUUUUGAUUAAUCACAUCCUGCUUAUCGCAUAUUUUUUGUGAAGUGAAAAAGAAAAUUUUCGAUCGCCUGAAAAAUUAAGAUUUUCUCUUAAAACCCCAUUCCGUUUGUGGCCAAUGUGUGUUCCUUCGCGAGAAAAGUGUACCGUGCGUGUUUAAAUGUUACUCAAAACAUCAAAAAUGCCAGCGAUUCGUGACAGUCAUGUAGUGAAGAUUGCGGUCCAAUUCGAGUUGGAAAUCGCCCAGCUAAUUGAGUUUGACCAGCGUCAGCCCCUGACGGCCAUCAUUCAGAACUUGUGUCCGUACUGGGUGAUUCAGGAUCCGGAAAACUACGCACUGAGUUUCACCGAUAAUUGUUUCUACGUGACGGAGAAGAAUCGGCAUGAAGUGAAAAAUGGUUCCGUGUUGCGAAUGGCCUAUUCGCCCUCGAAAUUGGCAAGCGAUAUUCUGGAAAAACUGCAAACGGGAAAAGUCGAUGAGAUGAUGAAGGUUCUUAAAAAACUGCCCGGGUUGAGUCAAGACAUAACAUUUGCAUUGGAAUUUAUUAAGGAGCAAGGAUUAGAUCUUAUUGUAAGCACCAUUGAGGAACCGAAAUUUGGUGAAAAUAUUUUGAGCUUCGCAUUAUCCGCAUUUGUUAAGCUGAUGUACCACGGAACAGUGUCUUGGGAUGUUUUGCAACCAUCUUUUAUUCUAAGGAAUAUUGCAUUUAUAAGCAACAGCAAUAAUAAGGAAAUUAUCCAAUCUGCUCUUACUAUUUUGGAAAACGUUGUUCAGAACAGCAGCAACUAUGCUCUGGUUGAGCGAGAUGUGACAUUGGAAAUGCUACUGAAACUGCUACAGGAUUCUCCAUCAUCUUCCGCUGUCAAUACAAUAGCGCUCAUCAAUGCCCUCUUCAUUAAGGCAGACGAUGCCAAAAGGAAAGUGAUUGCAGCUACGUUCAGCUCUAAGCAGUAUCGAAGUGUCAUCAAUAGUGUUAUCACAGCUGGAACCGGAACUGGAACAAUUACCGAAAUAGCCCAUCAGUUAUACGUUUUGCAGACGCUAAUUCUUGGUUUGCUAGAGCAACCGAUGAAAACGCCAAUUGAUGCCCAAGACCAAGAAGCGCAAGAGAAAAUCAAAGAACUACGUAGAAUCGCAUUCGAAGCGGAUGGAAUCGAUCCUAUACCAGAUGUGAUGGCUCGUCGCCAGCACGGAGGAUCAUAUUCCACUCAUUACAAAAAACUUGGCUUCAAAUGUGACAUAAACCCGGCGCAAGAUUUCAUGGAAGUUCCUCCAGGUGUUCUUGCGUUGGAUUGCAUGGUUUAUUUUGCACGCAACUACACCCAAAAUUACACCAAAGUUGUACAUGAAAACAGCUGCCGAGCCGAUGAACAUGAGUGCCCCUUCGGAAGAACCAGCAUCGAGCUCGUUAAGGUUUUGUGCGACAUUCUUCGUAUAGGUGAUUCUUCUCUAGAGCAGGGACAGGAUUUCCAUCCAAUGUUUUUCACUCACGAUCACCCGUUCGAGGAAUUUUUCUGCAUUUGCAUCGUGGUUUUAAAUCGCACUUGGAAGGAUAUGCGAGCUACUACGGAAGACUUUGUCAAAGUUUUCAGUGUUGUCCGCGAGCAGAUCACCCGCAGCAUAACAGGACGUCCCGCGUCCCUUGAAGAUUUUAAAACCAAAAUCAACACAUUCACCUAUAACACCAUCACUACCCUUCGCCAGCAAGAACGUACUUCCCGUGAGGAAUGUGAAUCCACGGCAUCUGCGAUUGUGUCGUUGAAAGAAAAAAUUACACCAGAAAUAAUGUCACUCAUAAAGGAACAACGCUUGGGCUACCUUGUGGUUGGGACCCGAUUCUCAAAAUACAGUGGAGGCAAACGCGAACGGGACAAGUACUGGUACGCUCGCCUGUCACCUAACCAUAAAGUCAUACACUAUGGCGAUUGCGACGAGAAAACUGUGCCCACCCUUGAAGAACUGAACAACAAACUUCCGGUCAUCGACAUCCGACAGAUGCUCGUUGGAAAGGAGUGCCCCCACAUGAAGGAAAUGCGCGCAAAGAAGUCCACCUUCCCGCUCGGGUUUUCACUGGUGGCCGAAUCCAGCGACCAGCAGACGCUGGACUUUGUUGCUCCGGACGAGGCCACCUUCAAUUACUGGACCGACGGAAUCAACGCUCUACUGGAUCAGCCGAUGCUGAGCAAGCAGAAAGAUGACGACUUCGAAACGUUGCUCUCGAUGGAGAUCAAGUUGCGUCUGUUGGAUACCGAGGGCGUGGACAUCAGCAAGGAUCCCCCGCCGAUUCCGCCCGAACCGGAGAACUACGACUUUUGCUUCGAUAGCUAAGGUAAUUGUCGACGAUUAAUUCCAUUAAUUACUGUGGCACUCGUGCAUGUGCGAUUUUAUACGUGUCGGAUAUCUGGAGCCAAAGUUCUAUCUUUAUAUUCCGUUUUACCAUAAAAUAUUAUUUUCAAAUUGUACUUUUAAGAAAAAAAAAACAUUUAAUUUUAAUUAUACAACUCUAAUAUCAUUCCGGCGGUACAUAAGAAGUCCACAUUUAGACAAAUUAAGAGAGUCGACUAAUGUUAAAAAGCCCGAGCUAUCGUUUAAUCCUUCAUAGACAUUUCAAAGAAGAGAGACUCCAUGAUUCAAUUCGGUUUUUUUUUUCAGCAGUUAGCAUAUCAAGAUAAGAUGAAUUUAUGAACCGUGAGAUGCAAAUAGGAAAGUUUCUCCACUUUGUGUCUUUAGAUGGUAACGAUUCUAUUAAAUUAGUGUUUAGAACUGGCAAUUCAAUCAAAUCAUUAGUGAUUCCGUGGUUCUAUCGAUGAUCAUAUUGUUGCUUAUCUGAAAGUCCCCAGAUGGAAAACCCGGAACAUACGGAACCGAUUCUGACAUGCCGAUUUGGAUAGCCAGGGGUUAUUUGAGAUAAUGUUUUAAAAUUUGGGUAACGGUUUUUCUGCAAUAUGCUGGGUAGACACCUUUACGUGGUGUGUUACGGGUUAAGAUCUACCACGGUUACAUUGCCAGCUACAGGCAAAUCCUGACCCAACGAAUACCUUCCUCAUUAUCCAACUCCGUGGUACUUAUGAGGGUGUCGCUAAGUCGGUGGCCUCUCAUUAAGUAAGUACUACAUCAACACUUCCUUCCUCUCCCUAGUUACGGUGAAGAUGGGUGUGGCCAGGGGUAGUAAUCCUCAUGCUUUUGUUAUUUUUGUUCAAGACUGGAAUCAAGAACCACUCCCCUUCUUGAUUUCUAAUAGCAUUCUAGAUAAAUAUCUCAAAAGUAAAGCAUGAGUAUCACUAGUGUCCAAUCUAAGAAUUACACCGUAACAAUGCUAAUGCUAUUGCUAAAAACGGUUUUUUGCAAUAAAAAUGAUUGAUUAUUCAUUUUUAAAUAUGGAUCAUUUGGCAUGCAUAUUCAAACAACUGUCAAUUCUGAUACUUUUGGACUCAAGAAUAUUGGCCGUUACUCUACUAAACACAGUAACCAUCAUAAACAUAUAUGCACCAUCUGGAUCAAACCACCGAAAUGAUAGAAAGCACUUUUUAAACAGAGUAGUUCCAGAACAGAAGCUUCAACAAGCUCCCUAUCUGAUUCAGUGAUAAAUACGCGCGAUUCAACCAGAAAUUCGAUCAUGAGUUCAACUUUACAGAGGCUCGUUCAAACCGAAGACUUGACGCUUUAUACGUUACUCCGCGGCCACCAUGGAAGCUGAACAAUGUUUGAUUGUUUCACCUGAAACAAUCCAAGAGCUCUCAGGGAAAUGGACGUUUUAGAAACGCUCCAGUCCAUAGUAUCAGUCAUGGGGCGAUAGGUGGUGAUUUCGCCAAGAAAAUGCUCGUUUCUUUUUUCUUUCAAAUGGAAAAGGAACCAAAAAAUAUCAACAGUAUAACGUUAUUAUUACACAAGCUUCCGGAGGACUUACGUUAACCUUAGGGAUAACGACUGCACAGCCGAAAUAAACCGAAUUAAAGCAGUUAUGCUGAGGACGGAAACGCUGUUUCAAGGAAGUUUCAGACCUUCUUCAUACCAACACUUGAGCAACGAACAGACAUCCAUAUUUCAACUGAACGAACAACGUAAACGGCGAACAACAUCAAGGAUAUCCAACAUUACCGUUCGCAAAGUCAGCACCGUGGACAGACAAGUAGUCGAAGAUAACUUCUUUAAUCACUAUCGGUCAAUGUUUUUGGCAGAAAAUCUAGGAGGUCAAGAAAUAUUUCAACCGGUAUGAUCGAUUCCCAGGGGCGACAACAGUGUAAACUCGUAUAUAGAAGCGUGAUGAAAUAGGAGAAACUCGUCGAACCGGUUGAAACACCUUUGACCUGAGCAAUGCUUUUGAUUGUGUGAACCAUAGGUUUCUUUCAACUUCUUUAAGAAGAAUGGGAAUCAACGAAACAUUCAUCAACUUUCUCUCAAUAACUAUGAACCUUUCUAAGUUGCAAAUUCUCAUAAACGGUCGGGUAACAGACUUAAUCAGCAUAAAUCAAUCUGUGAGGCAGGGAAAUCCUUUGAAUAUGUUGCCUCGACGUCCCUGGACAUAUAAAUAUCAUUGUGUUAGCCUCUUGAUAUACGAAUGCAAAAAUGGUAACUUGGCUUUGAAACCUCGCAGUUAUUAACUAUGGAAGUGCUCAAUAAACAGUAAGCUGCGAGGCGGCUCUGUCCCAGUGUGGGUAUGUAAUGCCAAUAAGAAGAAGAAGAAAGGACGAAAAGGGGUACGGUGAGAAGGAGAGCAAGAGAGAGGAGUCUCGCUGAAGAUCUUAGUCCGUACAAAGUUAUGGAAACAAAAGAUCUCGGAGGAAAAGUGAGCGUUAUUGUAUUUCACAAAAAUGUUUCCACGUGAUUUAUGGAUGACCUUGCGCCCUCAAUGUGGAUGGACCUUUAAAAAUUUCGUGCUUAAAUCACUUGGAAAAUAUUAUUGGUAGAUUGGUUAGUGGUUGAUAAAUAAUAAGUUCUAUUAUUUCAAUGAUACUUUAAUUAUUUUCUAUUCGGCUUUGAAACAAAUGUAGCAGAAUUUAUUUGCUGGGUAAGCAAAAAUGACUAAAUGUGAUCGCUGUAGUACAAAACCACGGAGCGAAGCAAACAAUCGUCGUACUGGUCGUACUGACUCCGGAACUUUCAAUUUCUGCCAGGUCAAUCCAAAGUCAAAAAUAAACGCUUUCACUGGCCUGUUCACCGUAUCGUCCCAAUCCAGAUUCUGUAGCGUUACAAAACUCUGAAAUAUGGUAGAGUAAGAUAUGAAAUUUGGAGCUGUUUGGAAGCCCAGUCUGAAGCCAGUUUUUUGCAAAUUCUUCAAGUUUGAUAUCGUAUCCAGCAAACAACUUUUCUUGCAGGUAUGCAGCAAAUACCUCUGCAAAGUUGUCAAGCACCUGUAAAUUUCAAUUAAAUAAUCUUAUUACAAGAACAGAAUCAAUUUAUUGGAUUCUCACGGUUCUGAGCACUUCAAGUGGCCCAUUAUUUUCCAGAAUGGUCCUCUUAUCAAUCAGAUUGUGACAUUUUGACGGUCAGUGAAGCCAUACUUGCUGUGCCGUUGGCAAGAGCUGGCUUUCACCCACCGUUCAUCAACCUCCGAAUUAAUAGCUUCAACUCCUUUGUAGAUGGCGUUUACAAUCCCGAGUACGAUAUGGAGAACGGGUGGUGGACAAAUCAAAACAGUUUUCUGACUGUGGACGCCAUACAAUAAGGGAUUUUAUACACAAUUGUAAAAAUAUUUCGCUUGUUUGUCGUCAAAAUCAUCCUCUUUCCACUUGUCGCAGUUAUUGUUGAUGGAACCCAACGUUCGCGGUUCCUUGCAUUGUUGAGAAAGCAGAGGUUUGCUAGUGUGACAAUAUGGGCAAGGAUAUGUUGCACUAUGACGCUAUGACCCAUCAAUCCGAGUAAAAAAUUUAUUAUUUUGAGAUCGUCCGCCGCAGUUACUUCCCAUUCGUUUAGCUUCAACAGAUUUGACCAAACUUUCGCAAUAUUUAUGUAUAUACUUUUACGGAAUGUUGGGAACAACUGCAAGCUCCCGUAUCCUUUUCACUUUUACAAAUGCUCUGCAACUUUUCGACAAUAGAUAGGGUAAAACGUCCUAUCGUUGUGGUAUGUCCUAAUGUUGCGGCAGUGUUAAAAUAGUCCAUUCUGGAUAUAAUAGCAUUAAAAACAAUUCUCGCGUAACAUAUGAUUACGGCUUAUAAACCAAAACCAUGAUUUUUCAUUUUCUAGCAUAAACGAUUGCUUUGGAAAUGAUUCUUUAUCGUAGGUAAAACUCCGUACUUAAUAUCUCUUAAGAAACACAUUUAUUGCUAUUUUGAGUGAACGUCUCAUGAACCAUUUCCACCAUAGUGGUUUUUAAGUCCUUUGUUGGCGCCCUUAACUACCAUGCGGAAUGUUUGCUUUGGUUUUUAGGCCGUUCACUUUAUAGGGUAAAUGACCCAAUAGUGGAGGAACUAAGCCCUAUCAACCACUGUUUGUUCGCUUGCGUAGAAACUAUGGUUCAUUCCGCUUACCAAAAAGGUGCAUUCAAAAGCUCAUCUUCUAUACUUUGAGUAAAAAGUGUUCCGAUAACAGCAGCUCCUGUCAUUAUUACCUAAAAUGAAUCCUCCAAUUCCAAUUGGUGCAAUGUUCCAAUAGUUGCGAUAUUUUCUAAUUCGUGUUCCUAUAGUUACGAAUCUCAUUGUUUCCAUACGGGACUCCCAACUAUAGGAACACUACCGCAACUAUUGGUAUAAAGCAGAUAAUGAAUUAAUGUAUUUCAGUGAUAUUUUACCGAUUUUUCAGGAAAUCCAAAACUGUUUUCACUUCUCUUACGUGAUGACAGGUCAACUAAUUGAUACACAAUGUGGGUUGCUGCGUUUAUUUCGUAUGUUUGGCAAAAACUACACUACCGCAACUAUAGGAACACCCACGACUAUCGGAUCAAUUACCCUAUUGUUUAUUUAGAAAAACUAGCUUCAAGUUAUUUCAAAAUGUAUAUUCUUACUAGGUUUUUGAUAUAUCGCAUAGCAGAACUACUCUGGCUAACAAAUCUAAACAAAUCCGAUGGUGUUACUAGCUUUAAGCAAACGGCUUAAAAACCAGACGUGUUGCCGGUAAUGCGAGUAAACGGCGCGACUUUUGUAUUAGCUGAAAUGUUGAAGAUUUCGAAUAGUUUUUCAAUUAAUCUUUAUCUGAUGUUUUAAUAUAACCAUUUACGUAUGGCAUUGACUUGGUUUUUGCAAUGAAAUGAGCUUCAACUUCAAUAAAUGAAUUAAAUUACUCAUAGAAAACUUGAACCUCAUUUUUCUCCGAUCAGCAUUGUUGGUUUUUCGGCCCUAAUCAUAUGUUGCUCGAGAAUUGUGGAUACGCUAAAACUCAUCGAAUUAACGACUAGAACAGCUUUUGUUGGACAAAAUUCCGUUCUAAAUUAUGAAAAAUCAACAUUUUUCAUUAAAAAUUUGAAUCCUUUGAGCCUAUUAGUGCUAAGGUCCUAUUGUUGUGGUAUCAAUUUCCAUAAGAAUUGCAUGCAAUACCGCAACAAUAGGACUGACCGUGAACAAAUGUCGCAACGAUAGGCAACUGCGUCAUAUUAUUGUGGUAGUUUGUUUUUAUUGUGAUAAAAACAAAACAACAUAAGUUUAGCACAAUAGACCUGUGCAGGAGUUCAUCAAAUUCACUCACCAGAUGGAUUUUGACAUUUGAGCGGGUCGUCUUCUCGAACAAAAGUUCAUUUUGCGUUCAUUAUGCGACCCGCUCAAACGUCAUAAUUUCUUGGGGGAGUUCAUUUUGCGUUAGUCUAUUGAUGUAAUAUUUACGAAUCUUUAAUUAACGAGCAACCUAUUCGACUACUGUGAUGUGUAAAAAGACCAACAGGUAAUUUUUAAAGAAUUUUUGAAAUCAAUUUUGUUUUGACACGGUGCCUAAUCCCUCCAUAAUAGGUCGUUUUACCCUAGGGUUACUUUGAACGAUCCUUCUCCCCCAUCAGCACCAAUCUUGUAGAAAACUUCGAAAUCUGCCUCUCCUUUAGCACAAACUCGAUAAGACCUUUCACAUCAGUACAAUAUACGACGGGUUUCAUCACCACUCGUAAUUCAGAUGCGUUAUCUUUUUCAACAUUAAGAGCUAUGUGCUCCAAAUAGAAAAAAUCUUUGAGCUUUUGAAUGGCGUCUGUUAGCUUUUGGGCUAAAUGCAAUGGCAUUUCAAUGUCCAUUCCCCUGAAUUCCUUGCUAUAUAAGUCUCAAAGUUUUCCUGGCGCUCAAAUCACAUACGCUUUUGAUGAGCAUCAUCCAUGGAUAGACAUAGGGCGGUUCAAAAAAUCGAUUUUGCUCCACAGCGCUCAUCUUCUAAUUCUUUAUCAUGUUCUAAGUGUCCUCUGAAAGUUUGAGCUCAUUUGGAUUAAAACUGAUUUAGCACAAACCGUUUCAAGUUUGCAUGUAAAUUAGUAUGGGGAAAUUAUGUUUUUCAUUAUACUGUUAAUGACGCUUCCCCAUUAAGCGCAGGUUAAAAGAAAACCUACAUAGCUAAAAGGAAUACUCAAGAGCUUUCACUCAGCAAAAACCGCAUGUUGGUUAAUCCAAAUGAGCUCAAAUUUUCAGAGGACACUCAGAACAUGAUAAAGAAUCAAAUGAGCGCCGUGGAGCAAAAUCGAAUUUUUGAACCACCCUAAUGGACAUCUAGACCAUCAUUUGAAAAGGGCGUAACAGCCAAAAUUUAUUCCUUCUGAUUUUUUGUUUACACUCAAAGCAUUUCUAAAACUGUUCAUUAUUUGAUGUCACUGGCGACGCGGUUUUCAUAGAUGGCCACUGGGUGUGUCUUAAGAUUCGGCAUCAAAUGCUGAACAUGGAGACCUGACCCAUACAUAAACUGUGAGAACGUUGAACGACAGAGUGGCAAUUUGCUGGGUUUCGGAAUUGAUAUGAGUACGAGCAAAGAAUGCCUCGUGGGGAUUGGAGGGAUUGAAGUCGCAAAAUAAACACAUUAAAAAGAGCAAAUUACUUAAGAGGUUUCGAGAGUUCCAUAAUAAGUUAUAUAGUUUGCGAGCUCAAAGUAAUGAUUCGUGCAGUCUUAAUGCUGAGAGAAAAGUAUAAUUCGGUUAUGCGUUUUCUUCAGUGCAUCUCAUUCUGCAAUUAAUUUCUUUUGUUGGACUAAAAAUUAGUAUUAUUCUGAAAAACCCUGAUAAAUCCACCUAGCGGUGAUGGUGCCUUUCUCGUGCAUUAUAGAAAUAGUAUUUUGGCCAUUACUCUUGAGCCCAUAGUCCGAUCUGGCCAAUUUUCAAUAGGAAACAAUGGGAGAGUAUUCUGCGUCGAAUGCAACUUGUUGCGAGUGAAUCGGUUAAGGAUAAGUGCCUGAAAAAUGAGUGACAUUUUUUUACUCAAUUUUUCUAUAAAAAUGUGGUAUUUUGGCCAUAACUUCCGAGCCCAUAGUCCGAUCUGACCAAUUUUCAAUAGGAAACUGCAACUUGUUGCGAGUAAAUCGGUUAAGGAUAAGUACCUGAAAAAUGAGUGACAUUUUUUUGGGUGGGUGCGCACAGACGCACACACAUACACACACACACACACACACACACACACACACACACACACACACACACACACACACACACAGACAUCACCUCAAUUCGUCGAACUGAGUCGAUUGGUAUAUAACACUAUGGGUCUCCGGGCCUUCUAUAAAAAGUUUGUUUUUGGAGCGAUCAUAUAGCCUUUACGUAUACAGUGAUCGUUCGCUAAUUGGGGCACGACCUCACCCCAACUAGCGAAUGCCGUUCGCUAACUGGGGCGUUUUGACAAGCGUCAAUGUUGUUUACUUUUUGCAUUGAACAAAGGAAAAUUUUACACGCUAGAAAAUAUCGAUCCCGCCAAACACGGAAACAAAACGUCAACGCGUUUUUGACAUCACAUUCUGACGUUUAGCUGCUUUUUAAUUGGGUUUCGCCCCAAUUAGCGAACCCCCAACUAAAAAGCGCCCCAACUAGAAAAUCCCCAAUUAGCGAACGUUCACUGUACUUAGUAUACGAGAAAGGCAAAAAUAAUCAAACUAAUUUACCUCUGCAUGUGAAAAUGCAUGACAGGUUGCCAAACAAAUACGAUUAUACGGCUACUAUGAUGCUGUUAUAAAAUCUGUACACAGUAUAUAUUGUCAUGAUUGAGGGGUGAUCACAUAGUUUAUGGCUAGCGUAAAAAGCUGGAUAGCUUUAUAUGUAGACGAGGAAUCAGAAGGAAUAAAUUUUGGCUGUUACGCCCUUUUCAAAUGUUGGUCUAGACAUUUCAUUGUGGAUGACCUUGAAUAUCCACAUGUCCAAAGUGAAGGUCAUCCUCUUAUGUUGGAAAGAGCGAUCGAUCAAUCACCAGCUCGGUUAUUUCUCAAAUAUUCUGCUAUCUCGAUGCUCACCUCGCAAAAACUCCAGAAGAUUUUUCUUUCGUUCGAUGAGGGAACACGUAUGUUUUUUGCCUUGUGCUAUUUCGCGUACGCGCUUUUCUGAAUUCUGCAUCUGUAGCGAACGGCCGCCCACGUUUUUUAGCCUUCUUCGUAAUGGAACGUCAGGCCUUGGAAAAUUCGUUCAAAACGAACGAAUGCUUCGUUUUUAGCCCGCAGUGAAGUUUUAAUUUCGGUGCACCGAUUGAAGUGCGCUCGACGACGUGCUACUGGCUGCACGAACAAGGGAAGAGGCAAAUACAAAGCAUUCGUUUUAUACAUUGAAAGUGGGGAGUUUUGAACGUGGCAUCUUUAUAAGCCGGAUAGUGCCGAGGAGGCAUCGUUCAGCAGGGCAGUGUGAAAUGAGGAUGGUUCCUUCGUUCAUCGGCAGUGUUUCAGAUGCGAGUGAGUGUUGUGUGAAUACAAAACCAUAUUAGCGAGAAAGAGAGAAAAUUCAUCAUAUACCUCUCUUUCACACAUUCAUUCCAACUGAAAUGCGCAACUCGGUAUAAGUGAGGCAUGAGAGUUAAAUAUUCUCUGCAUGGAGCGAGGAAGCAUUCUUCACCAAGCACUUUGAAACUGUUCUCUCAUGAAGCUACCGUCCUCGGGAGUAUAUCUGGUGCUGAAGCAUCGGUCAUCAUCUUCAUUACUUCAUUCAUCCAAGCCCUGUGGAACGUACACACGGUCAAGCAGUUUGACCAACAUUGACUCCUCCUUUCGUUUGUUCAAACAUCCAUCAAGUUUCACCAACAGCGUCACGAACAAUCAAUUUAUUCGACCAACAAUAUCACACACGAACGACCGAAGCGCCAAUUUGAGCACCAACCAUCAGAAAAUAUAUGGGGGCUUGUGCAACUUCACUACAAAUGCUCAAACAUGUUCGGCGAAUCUUGACUCCGCCCCCGACAACUCAAACCAAAAUCAAACCGUUUCAAUUUUUUCCAACCGAGCCGCCAACUGUCAAAUGGUUGUUCGAACAACUUCACACACGUUCAAACAAAGCAGCAACCGAAGCGUUUUCUUGGGGGCGGAGUCAAUGUUCGUCAAACUGCUUGACUGGUGUGUACGCUGCAUAAGGUUGGACAGCUUUGGUAAGGUUACGUGACUAGCGGCACACACGUCACAUUCACAAAUCAUCUUACUUCUUGUGGAAACGCGGAGAUAAUUUUCAUAGCAAUGAACUUCAAUAUUCUCUCUUUUCUCACUUAGCGAGAACGAGCAACAAGGGAUAGUAGAUACUAGCAACCCUAUAACCAGAGACCGGCGGAGUGAAAAACUGACAAAAUGGCAACGUAUGAAAAUACAUGAAAUCGUUUAAAUUAUACUGGCAGCACUUGAACUUUUUGCUUGCUUCUUACGGAAGAAAAAAAUAAACAAGUCGAAUUGGAACCGCUUUUGACGGUUCGAUUGGAAACAAGAUGGCGUCUUCGCCGAUCUCUUAUUCUAGUAUUUCUAGUAGAUACCAACUUUUUACCUCGAUAUCCGGUAGAAAAUUAAGUUUGAUGAGAUGCUUAGAUUUUUCGGAAAUUGUUCUCAAACUGCUCUUCUUUAAACACAAAACAUAAACUGUGUUUUGAUUUUCUUCGUGGCGUUUCGGUUUCAUUUUGUAUUUUAUGUUCUCGGGCACUGAUUUGUUUAUAAACUUGAGAUCCGACGAAGGAACAACACGGGAUGCGCAAACCGACAAAAAUAUUGUAUCAUACGCUUUGGAGACGCACCUAUCAGGGACGUAGUGAGCGGGUGGUCAGGUUGAUCUUUGCCAAUUCCGCCAGUACUCUAGGCAGUGUUGUCCUACACUCAGUGCAAAAAAAUUUGCUCUUUGAUUUUACUCUAUCUAAACGAUUUUAUAGUCUUAACUAAAUAAGUGCAACUAAUAGAGGGAUAUUUGAAUUUUCUAAAUGUCAUGUCAAACUAUUGAAAAAAUGCACACCAGAGCCACAGGAGCG